AUGGUGCUCAUCUCUGAAGUCUAUAGGUACCUCUUAUCUCCAGUAGAAAAAACUUUCAAAAGCUGGGAAGGUGCAGCUGGAAUGAAAGGGAAAAUUGGGAGAUGGUUUAGAAUUGGCCGCGUCCCACUGCCUAUAAUUGAAAGUUGGGGUAGAGUUUUCAACACCUUAUACAUGAUGAUUUAUACAAUGACCCAGCGCCCAUGGGGUCCUCUCUACAAGAGAUUAUUCGAAAUGGAUAUGCAUCCAGGAAAGUUUUAUUAUAUUUUCGCAAGACAUCGUCUAAUACUUUUCUUUUGGUUUGGUCACACAUUUAUAUAUGACUACAAUAUGAUGUCUUCCAUGAAAAACAAUUCUGAUCACUUAGCUUAUUUCAAUGCUAAAUACUCAAGAAAAUUCCCAAGAAAUACCCUCAACUGGAGAACUUCAGCUCACUAUUUGGAAAUUUCCCGCAUUUACACUGUAGAAAUGAUCAAGAAGUUAGCAGUUAUUGAGCAAGAGCUGGCAGAAGAGCAUAGAAGACAGAAAGCAAUUGCUCUUAUUAAGUAA